AUGGAUAAUGAUGGCAAAGGACAGAACAAGUUAAGAGUGUCAACAGGUGGAACAACAACAACAACAAGAAGGAAUAGGACAUUGACUACACUUAUAGAGGAUGGACUAGUUGAUGUUAAUGCUCAAUGUCAUUUCAUAUAUGAGGGCAAGAGAUAUAAUUGCACCAUCACAUACGUCAAUAACAAAUAUUGCUUUGUUGGUACACGUGACAAUGGUGAUGUUAUCACAGAACAUGCAUCAACAACAUUCAUACGAGAGUUACUCUCUUUGCCAAGUACAUUCAAGAUUGACGGCAACAAAGAGUUGGUGAUCAACAACAUGAGGAUAGUAGAUUAUGAGUUGAAGCCAUUACAACAGUCUGGACUCGAAGAAGGUCUAAAGGAUAUGUCUAUCAAUAGCAACAACAACAAUGAGACAGCACAGGCAAAGGUAGUCACACCAACAAAGUACAUGUCAUCGUCAACUACAUCAACAACAUCAACCCCUGGCACACCUGAUAAUCAACAAACAAACAAUGGUGGCUUGCUUAGAACACCUCCUUCGGCAAUGCCUCCACGUCGACAGGCACUGAGUCAACCAACAAGUGUCAGACCAGUGUAUGAGUUUGAUUUGAUCAAACCAUCAUCCACUAGACACAUCCAACUCGAGUAUCAAGACAUGGAGCCAGCUGUAAUCAAGGCCUCUGGCUUGGGACGUUACUUUCACUUCAAUUGUGAACGAUAUCUCAGUUGGUCAACACGAUCCAAGUCAUCAUCAUUAUCCUCAUCAGCAACAACAACAUCGACAACAUCAACCCAGAGUCCAACGACAACGACAACACCAACAACCAUUGCAGAGGCAAUAAGAUUGGAUGGCUUUGUCUGGGAGAAUGAGGUACUGGACAUACUCAAGCAGGCUAAACAUAGAGUGUUCCUACCUGGGGAGAAGGACGGAGAGAGUAUACCCUAUCAAGAGGUUAUCAGGAUUCUCAAGGAGGAGAAGGGUGACUUCUAUUUGUUCCAAUCAACAUUGUUGGUGCCCAAGGAGUUCCGUGGAAACCUCCCAACGAACAUUACAUUCUCUCGAUCCAUUCCCGACUUCCUCAGUGUAACAUUCCACCCGACAACUGGAAGACGCACAAUCAAGAUCCUCGAUGCCAAGUCCACAUCAACAAUCAAGUUCUCACAACGCUUGCAGUUGGCCUACUACUACAUCUUGCUCGUUGAGGUCUUCAAGUUGGAAGGCAUCACAGAUAUUGACCUCGAUGAUAAUGGGGCGAUCUAUCUAAAGGCACGACCAGUGCCUGAGGACUUUGACCUGGUGUCCACCGUCGAGAAGCUUAGACGCUUCAUGUAUGGCGACUCGAGCGAUCCCGAGAGUCUGCUGGUCAAGAUACUCAAGCAACGCAAGAUGGAUAGUCCUUGGACGCUGAGCGAGGCGUGCGAGGGCUGUGAGUACCUGCCUCAGUGUACGAAGCAGGCCGAGGCCGAGGGCAGCAGGAACGUCAUCGCCAUGCACAAACAUUAUACUAUUGAAACACUACUCGCAUUGAAGAAAGACGACGCGAUUUCGACCGAGACCAAGCCACUGAGCGAGGUAGAGAGGCUGUGCAAGAUCGAUCCGGACAUUAUCAAGGACCUUGAGCUCAAGAGCGAGUUCAUCAAGAUGCAGCCUCGUCUCCAGGCUGCACUCACACAUAGUGUUGAGCUCACUGGAUUCAACAACGUGUUUUUCCCGAUCGAUGAAGAUGUGGCACUCUACAUCUCUUUGGUGUCGCACCCCCAGAAGCAGACAUUGUUCAACUGGACAUUGACUGUAUAUGAUGGGCUAAAGAGUCCAGCAACAUACACCGGACCAGGAGAAAAGAUUGCAGACAUGGUGUCCUUGAUGGCCUCGUUGUUCACCGAGAAUAGUGCCAAGAGGACGCUUCAGGUGUUCAUCUGGGACACAUUCGAGAGGGGAUACUUCUUCAGUCUAUGCCGCGAGCUGCUCACGGCCAACCAGCCAGACUCGCCCAUCUUCCAGAGCGUUGUGCAGGUGUUGGCGGUGCUCUACGAUGACUCGGACUGGAUCAACUUCAAUCUAGGCUACUACCCCCACGAGCCAUUCUCAUACAACUCAAAGAAUGGCAAGGAGGGCUCUGGUGCAAAGUCAACGCCAUUUGUCGUCAUUAAGGAACAGGUAAUGCAAGCGCUCGCCAUUAAUAUAUACCCACCUUAUACCUUGGCAGACAUUGCAUGCUCAAUGCUUGGACUCAAGACCGCGCCAACGAGCCUCCUGCCCGACCACAUAUUCGCCACCAUCAUCCAGCCCGGACUUCCAGACUGCGCUCCUUUCAUCGAGCGUGUGGACUAUCUCCACCAAGUCAUCACCAAUCUCCGAGUUCGUUUGUUCACUGCUCAGUCCCAUGAGCAAAAGAUUAAGAAGUUCAAACAAAGGAGUGCUCUCAAGUAUGUCAACCCUUUGAUCAACAAGUUGAUGUAUUGUUAUCAGUUUGAGCUGAUGGCCAAGUAUAGGAUGAUCAGGUCCGUGCGAUCAUGCUCGGUGGACAUCAAUAUACAUGAUGGAAAGUACCUCAUAAUGACAUUGAUGGACGAUGGUAGAUUCCAGACGAGGAUACAUCAGCAAUACUACUCAUACUUUGAGCAGAGACUCAAGGACACCUUUGCCCACUUUGCCAUGGUCCACUACUCACACGAUGGUGUCAAGCUGCUUCGACAAUACGAUGAUCUCGACUUCAUGGCACCAACGGGCAUCUACGAGGUGACCAAGAUAUUAGUCUCGCCAGCCGACACAUUUGACUCAUUCGUCAUUGCCAACAUCACACUCGCACUUCCCAAGGACGUAGUGUUGGAGAAACGACAAUCAUACAUCUUGUUUGAAAAGUUCGACACAGACUACUUCUCACAGUAUAAGUGGCUGGUAGCCAGCUACGAACAAAUAGACAGCCAGGCAAACUCACCAAUGUUGGACUUGUUCAACAACCCCGCCAAAUGGACGAGCGAGUCGGAGGAGUAUGCUGACUUUGCCAGAGCGGUGAAACAUACCAUAGAGGCACUCAAUCAAACAGACACGACCAAGAGAAUGGACAACAGAUUGACUCUGACUCCAUCACAACGACAAGUCGUUGAGAACGCAUCAAAGAAGCGUUUGCAACUGGUGCGUGGACCACCCGGCACGGGCAAGACUCACUUCUUGGCGCUGCUCGUACUCAUUAUCUUUGACACGUGGAUCAGAUUGGAGCGCAAGGAGGGCUAUCUCAUUGUGAUUACAGCAUUGACGCACACGGCCAUCGACAAUGCUCUUCUACGAAUUGCCAAGCUCAAGAAAGAGUACGAGACCUACACAGGCGCAUCGCUCCACUUCCACAUUGUAAAGAAGGAGAAGACCAUUAGCCAAGCACUGGCGAGCAAUGGUGUGCUCACGGUCGACCAAGCUGCAAAGAACCUGUACAGAUUCCAAGUGGUGGGUGCCACUUGUUGGGGUGUAUCCACACUCAAGACAUCAAGACCAAUUGACUACUUGAUCAUUGAUGAGGCCUCCCAGCUGCAGACACCAAUCGCAGCAAUGGCCAUGAAUUUGGCACAUAGAUAUCUCAUUUGUGGCGAUAAUCUGCAGUUGCCACCUGUGUUGCAAGGCAAGUACGCCGUCAAGCAUGAGCUGGCCAUCAACAAUCAAACAUACGAUCCCAAGGUGCACAAGUCGGUCUUCUCGUGUGUCAAGUCGCUGCUAAUCAAGAACAACUGUGGCCAGGCAUUCUUGACACUCAAUGAGAACUUUAGAAUGACACCCGACCUCUGUCAGUUCGCUGCCAAGUAUCUCUACGGCGACUCAUACCGAUGCUUUGAUGUUGACCAGAAGCCGACCAUCGAACCAGCACUGCUGGGUACGUACAGCGAGGUGAUCCGGUCCAUCUACGACUCGGGACGAUCGUGCUUCACACUGAUGAUCGACGGCAAUCACUUUGGAAACAGACAGGUCGAGGUGGACUUGGUCAGACAGAUAUACAUGUACGAGCGAGAGAGGUUCAUCCGCAGGAACCAACAAAAACAAACCUGGCAUUCUGCAGACGACUUGGAGAAUGCAUUCUGGUCAAGUCUUCAACUGGGCGUUGUCACACCACUCAAUGCACAAAGGAUAGACAUGCAGCUAAUGGUGAUAUCGGAACAGGCCAAGCAUGGUUGUGCUGCAGAUCACAAACCAUCGAUUGGAACUGCUGAGAAGAUGCAGGGACAAGAGUUCGACACUGUGGUGGUAUGCUACAAUGGAUGGAGCAGCAGCAACAAGGCUCACGACUUUAUCUACAACCUCAAUCGACUCAAUGUAUCAUUCACGCGAUCCAAGCAGCGCGUCAUUCUCAUCACGUCCAGACCAUUGCUCGCGCCAUCUCAAGCAGUACUAAGCAACAAGAAGACAGAAAGAGCCUAUGACUAUCUUAUGAACUUUGUAAACUACUCCAAUGUGACAAACCUUGUUGCUCAUCCAGUGACAAGCGGCAGCAGCAGUAGUGGAAUCACACCCUUGAAGACUUCAACAACUGGAACUCCAAACUUGUCCACACCAGAUUCAAAGGAGUUGCUGCCUAUAGCUAGUACACCACAGACACCAAUCCAAGAUCUUCAGUUGGACUUUAUCAGCAAGCUAUCUCUAACAAGAAGAGAUACUCAAUCAAACGACGACAAUAACAACAAUCAAUAG